GGUUGUGUAUGCUGCAGCCCUGGCAAUCUCACGUUUUUUUUUUUCUUAUAUCUUAACAUAAACAAUCAGAAAUGACGGACAUAGGCAAACCUAAUAUAUUAAUAACAGGCACACCCGGAGCUGGUAAAUCGUAUUUGUGCGAACGUUUGGCCGCACAAUUGAAGUUCACCUGGCUGGAUUGUUCGAAAAUUGCGAAGGAAAAGAAUUUCAUUGAGGAAUAUGAUGAUGAAUACGACUGCCCCAUACUUGAUGAGGAUAAGCUCAUGGAUUAUCUGGAGCCGAUGAUGGCCAUCGGAGGCUACAUUGUGGAAUACCAUGGCUGUGACUUCUUUCCCGAGCGUUGGUUUCAUGCCGUCUUCGUCGUUAGCUGUCCCAACGGAACGCUUUACGACAGGCUCAAGGAGCGCAACUAUAAUGAGAAAAAGCUAACUUCCAAUAUACAAUGCGAAAUUUUUGGCACAAUACUGGAAGAGGCGCGCGAAUCAUAUAAAUCGGACAUUGUGUACGAGCUAAAGGGAGAAACUAAGGCAGAUGCCGAACGGAGCUUAAAAACUGUUAAGAAUUGGUAUAGCAUGUGGAAGCGCAAGUAAAUACGAGUUUAAAAAUAAAUAAAAAUAUAUUUAUAUGUGGAUAUUUAGAUAUAUUAGUAAUACGG